AGUAUUGAUCUGCUGAGCUUUCGGGGCACACAACACAUCAUCCUACGGGGGUUGAUAAGUUUUGCUCGCGUGUCCUCGCGUUUCGAAAGGAAGAAAGUGAAGAAAACAGAUAUUCUGGUGCCCGUUUGCAAUUUGGAUUUGUGCUCCAAAAAGCAAACAAAAUCUUUCCAUCUUCGGUGUGUGUGUGUGUCUAGGUAGGUGCGUUACAAGUGUGUUGGUAUUAUCAAACGUGCGUGUGUAAGUGCUUGUGAGUGUGUGUGUGUGUGUGUACAUGUAAUCCAAGUGAGCGGAAAAUAGUAUCGUUGGAAAAAUCGAGCAAAAAACGGGCAUUGCCAAAUGAUUUGUUGAUUUUGUGACCGCCUCGCCCGGCCGCGGUGUGUGUCUGUGUGUCCGCCUCGCCUUGUUCCGCGUGCCGAAUGUACGGAUGCGUUCGGGGCGGUCGCACUGUACCUCCAUGUGAGCACCGAAUCGAUCGCAUCGCACGCAAACCGACGAGCUGAUACCGGAACGGCCCAUGCAAAGCGCGUGCAACUGAAAGGCCAUGCAGCAAAGGACGACCACGCCAGCAGCUGGCCCCCCACCACCGGCCGCUUCGUCGUCGGGCAAGCAAGUGGUCGAGCUCAACGGGUACGUGAUAAUUCUGGUCGAAAGCCGGGAUGGCAAAAUCAAACUGUACGGCAGCCCGGCCGACAAGGACAACCUGGAGGUGGCGGACGAGAUAUUGGACGUUAACGAGCGCAAACUGGAGGACUCGCCGAGAGCCGAAGUUAUCAAGCACAUACACGAGUGCAUCCAGUCGUGCAUGAUAAAGCUGCGCGUCAAACGGCGAAGUGAUUCUCGUUUAGCGGGCGAGCUGGGCAAUGCCGUGCAGGAUGCGUUUGUCAUCGCCGUCGAGCAGCAGGCCCGGGAGCGCCUUCAGCGGUUGUCCGCGCUCAAGCGGAUUACACCGGUCGACAUGUCACAGCUUUCGAUCAAACUCAAUCAGCAAAGCCAGGCGAAGGGUGGCGGCACGCAAGAUCUCAGCUUCCUGAAGGAGGCAUCGCCCAUCUACGUGACGUCACUAGCGAGCAACAGUGUUACGGGUACGAACACCAGCACGACGGUAACGGCCGGUGUGAAGACGACAUUUCCGGCGGGGGCCAACAACACCAUCAACAACAACACCCUCAACAACAAUAAUAACAGUACGGUGGGAGGCGGCGGUGUACUGAUGCAAAAUGCAACCAACAACAAUGGCACCACUAACCUGUCCAGCACCACUAACACCACCGGCAGUAGCAGCAGCAGCGGCAACGCGACCCGGCUGCAGCAACCCGGUACCACCGGAAUGCAGGUGAACGUGGUCACUGGGCAGCCGGCCACGGGCGCGUUGGUGGCGGUCGCGGCGUCCAAAGGGUUGUCCGCGCUCGACCAGCCCAUCCCGGGCAAUAACAACAACGGCAGUGGCAGUACACUCGGUAGCGGUGCCGCACUGGCCGGUACGUCCGCCUACCACAGCCUGCACCAGCACAGUCUUGUAAAUAACAACAACCUCAACAGCAGCAAUAUCGGCAAACCCCAAGGGCUUGACGCAACCGCCAACAGUUACUAUAGUAAUCUAACUAACACCUUCCUAGCGAACGGUCAUGGUUCCAAGCGAGAGCUGGCUACACUGUCCGAGGGAGAGCUCGAGCCGCCGGACGAACCGCAGUACGAGUCGAGCGGUAACAUAUCGCGCGGCGGUACCGAAGUGCUGCUGGGAGAUCAGAACCUUCGCCAGGAAAAUCGGCCUCGCAGACGCAGCGGCUCCAGCAUCGUGGUGCUGGGCGGUGAUGACACCCUGAAGCCCUCCAUACCUAUUGAUGACUAUCAGGAGGACUUGGAAAUGUACAAUAUGUUAGCGGCAAACCAGGAUAAUGGACCACACCGGGAAAUGGCUGUCGAUGUACCUGAAUCGUUCAUAGCCAGAAACAAAACGCCUCCGCGCUAUCCACCGCCACGCAGCACGGUGACGGCGGCGGCGGCCAGUACACCGGCAACACCCGCGUCCACCCAGGUAAAUCACGUUUCCAACGCAAUGCCUCAGGUUGCGAAGCACCACCACCACCAACACCACAACCACCAUCAUCAGCAACAGCAACAUCCAAACCAUCAUCUUCAUCAUCAUCAUCCACCGUCGUCGGUGCAUCACAACACCCACCAUCAUCACGGUGGUGGUGGUGGUGGUGGCGUGUCACUCGAGCUGGAACCGCUCGAUUCGUACAGUGAGCGGCACCUGUCCUCGCUGGACAGCAGUAGCCAGGAGUACGUGAAGAAGGGUAUUAUCAGCGGGGGUGGCGUUGGCGGCGGUGGCUCCAGCAAAGCGCCGUCGUCACUCGGUUCGGUCACGAGCGAGUUCGAACCGUCGCUGAAUGGGUUCGGGCCACUGCACGGCAAGCACCACCACCACAGCACCGUCGGCGGUGGUGGUGGUGACUUGCUGCGCGGUUCGCUCAGCACCAACCGCAGCCCGUCGCCGUCGUCGUCGGGCGAUCUCGGACCGCCCGAGUACGAUGUCGGACCGCACCGGGAGCUGCCGGUCGACGUGCCGGACAGCUUUGUCGAGAUGGUGAAGGGGCCGCCCCGCUAUCCGCCACCCAAGCCGCUGAUCAUUAAAGACGCGAUCCGUAAGAAAGAAUCAUGCUCAUCCAGCGAAUCGAUUGAUAAGCCCAAACCGCAAACACAGUCACCGUCGCCGCCGGCGCGAAACGAGCUCAAUGGCUCGUCGAAACCGGUGCCACCGCCCCGGGAUCAUCUGCGGAUAGAGAAGGACGGCCGGCUCACCAAUCGCGCACCAGUACCAGCUCCACAAGUGCCAGAUCGUAAGAUUGUGCCGAACGCAUCAUCACAGCACCAGCAUAUCGGCCAGGUCCUGGAACCGACCCCGGAUCAGUUAGAUAGCAUUAAGAAGUUCCAGGAGCAACUGCGACGGCGAAGGGAGGACGAGGAGCGGAUAGCGGCCCAGAAUGACUUCCUGCGGAACAGUUUGCGCGGCUCGCAGCGGCUGCGCGCGCUGCAGGACAACCCGAUCGAGAAGCCGCCGGUCGGCGUCGACAACGAGGCGUACGCGGACGAUGAGGUGGUGGCGGUGGCGGCGGAGAAGAUUAUCGGGUACGGCGAGCUGGUGGCGGCACUGCAGCGACUCCAGGGGCACCUCAACAAGCACGGCCUGGCGGCACUCGCUGGCCGGGUGACGGCAGCCCAGAGCCUGCUGCUCGGUCCGGGCAUCGCGCGGGCCCUGGCCGUCCGGACGGCGGUCCUCGAGCGGCGGCGCCCGAAGAUACCGAACCCCAUCUGCCCCAAUGCUCAAGCGCUAGCGAAGGAUUGCGUCGAAGCGCUGGCCCAGUCCCGCUCGCAAACCGCGAUCGAGCUGUGCGAUCUGCUGUCCACGUACGAGAUGGAGGGUCUGCUGCUGGCGCACGAUCGGAUCGCCUCGACCACGGACCGUUCGCCGAUCGCUUCGUACGGUGGCAGCCCGAUCACCGUCCCGGUGCCGCUCGGCACGGCCAGCAACAACACCACCAGCAACAACACCACCACCAGCAGCAACAACAACAACAGCAUCAACAAUAACACCUUGACCAGUGCGGUGAAACCGGCCACUGUCAUGCCAUCAAUUCCAAAUAACGCUAGUUUAGUGAACAAUAACAAUAACAACAUCGCUAAGAGGGAACCAAUGAGUGUGCCGCUCGGGGUGCUGCGCGACGGCAGCCAGGACCACAUCAAGAUCAUCCAGAUCGAAAAGUCGUCCGAGCCGCUCGGUGCCACCAUCCGGAACGAGGGCGAAGCGGUCGUGAUCGGGCGGGUCGUGCGGGGCGGUGCGGCCGAAAAGUCCGGCCUGCUGCACGAGGGCGACGAAAUACUGGAGGUGAACGGGAUCGAGAUGCGCGGCAAGUCGGUGAACGAUGUGUGCGCCCUGCUCGGCUCGAUGACCGGCACGCUCACGUUUCUGGUCGUGCCGGCCGGCGUACCGCAGAUACUGCCCGGGCUCGGUAUGCGCGAUCCGCCCGUGCUGCACGUGCGGGCACACUUCGACUACGACCCCGAGGACGACCUGUACAUACCGUGCCGGGAGCUGGGCAUCAGCUUCCAGAAGGGUGACGUGCUGCACGUGAUUUCGCGCGACGAUCCGAACUGGUGGCAGGCGUACCGGGAGGGCGAAGAGGAUCAAACGCUCGCCGGGCUGAUACCGAGCCAGUCGUUCCAGCAUCAGCGCGAAUCGAUGAAGCUGGCGAUCGCGGGCGAGGUGGGGCUGCGCACGCGCAAAGACAUCAACGGGAAGGCGGGCGGCGGCUCGACCCUGCUGUGCGCCCGCAAGGGCCGGAAGAAGAAGAAGAAGGCCAGCAGCGAGCAUGGGUACCCGCUGUACGCGACCGCCACCGCGGACGAUCCCGACCCGGAGGAGAUACUCACGUACGAGGAGGUGGCACUGUACUACCCGCGUGCCUCCCACAAGCGACCGAUCGUGCUGAUCGGGCCGCCGAACAUUGGGCGGCACGAGCUGCGCCAGCGGUUGAUGGCGGAUUCGGAGCGCUUUGCCGCGGCCAUUCCUCAUACGUCACGAGCUCAGCGGGAGGGCGAAGUGCCGGGCCAGGACUAUCACUUCAUCUCGCGGCAACAGUUCGAGUCGGACAUCCUGGCCCGCAAGUUCGUCGAGCACGGUGAAUACGAGAAAGCGUACUAUGGCACAUCGCUGGAAGCUAUCCGAGCGGUGGUCGCUAGCGGCAAGAUAUGUGUGCUGAAUCUGCACCCCCAGAGCCUUAAGCUGCUGCGCUCGUCCGAUCUGAAGCCAUACACCGUGCUGGUGGCACCGCCCAGCCUGGAAAAGCUGCGCCAAAAGCGGAUACGAACCGGUGAACCGUACAAGGAAGAAGAACUGAAGGAAAUCAUUGCCACCGCACGCGACAUGGAGGCACGCUGGGGCCACCUGUUCGAUAUGAUCAUCAUCAACAAUGAUACCGAGCGGGCGUACCAUCAGCUGCUGGCCGAGAUCAAUUCGCUCGAGCGGGAACCGCAGUGGGUCCCGAGCAGCUGGCUGCACAACUAGGUACCAUCGCGGCACAGAAGUCGCUCGCCGUGGGCAUCAUAGCAGCUGGGCUGGCCGCAGCUGGCUAGGUAUAGGGCGGGAUAGGAGGGAUCUUACCGAGGAUGCAAGUCGAUCAGUCCCUCGUAGCACGUGGAUUUGUAGGGAAACACCACAUUGCGUUAGGGAAGCUAUUCCAGCUGUAUGGGGAAGAACGGGCUUUAGGACCCGUCCGAACAAAUCAAGUACAGUGUAAACCGUAGGUAAUCACCACCAGAAGUCCAGAAUGUCGGUGUUAGGACCCGGAGCGAAUCUUCUUACCUAGACAUCCUAGCGAAAUCGUCAACUAUCGUACGUCGUACUCCCCCGUUUAAAACUCAAUAGAUUCUUAUUAUACAUAUGCAUAUAGAUACAUAUAUAUAUACAUACAUACAUACAUAAAUGUACGUAUCACUAUACUUUAUUGAGCCUUGUUAUGUUAUCUUUUGUCUCACUCUCUCAAAACACACACACCCACACAGGCUCACAGCCACACGCACACGGUGUGGCACGGUUUAGCGAAGGAAUGGGCCUGUCGUUCUGUGCAACGAUUGCCCUUUCCUCUGUUGGGUCGAUCGACAAUGGAUAACAAUUUUGUAGUACUCUCUCACACUCUCUCUCUCUCUCUCUCUCUCGCUCUCUCUCUCUUUUACGCAUAAUUUUAUACACUUACUUUACGUAGUAACCAAUUGUGUAUUGCACGUUGUGAAAUCUGUCGUAGGACAGAGAAAGAAACAGAAAGAGAGAGAGAGAGAGAGAGAGAGAGAGAGAGAGAGAGAGAGAGAGAGAGAGCUGAAGACAUAUUGUGGUCACAGGAAUGGGGUUUUUGUUAUACAUUAGUGAAUAGUAUUUUGCUUUUGAGCGAACGCGAAGGAAAUGGCAUGUCGUUCUGUGCAGGGACUGCCAUUAUCCCUUCCCAGUAGCUCUGUGCGUGUGUGUGUGUGUAGUGUAGCCUUUUUUUGUUUUUAGAAUAAUGAAUGUUUUAUUUAUCUAGAGUUUUAUGUGGCAAACCCGACGUGGGAAAGGAAAGGGAGAAAAAGAGGGUUGAGUAAGAGGGAAAUGGGAUGGCCUGCUGUAGUAGAAGGUGUAAUAUCUUUUUUGUCUUGGUUGUCUUUGUUUUUCACAAGGAAGCAUUCUAUUGCAUCUUAGAAAAAGACACGAGCAGUAAAACCCGAGUACACAAUAAAAAAGCAAUUUCUAAAUGUCGUAACAAAUACUAUCAAUCCCGCGUAGAAUAGAUGGUGGGGGAAAAAAUGAGGCGAUGUUAUAGAAAGGCUGCGAGAAACGAGAAACGUGUAAAACAAAGCAAAACAAACCCCCCGGGGAAGAUGAAAUAGGAAGUAAUGCAAAAAUCAUACAGAAAAGAAAACCAAUGUAAUGUAGUUACGGUAAUAAAAUGAACAAACACAACAACAAAACAAACAAAGAAGAGAAACAACAACAACCAACAUGUAGAGGAAAAAGUAUAUUGAUGAAAUGGUAUGAAAAGAUGUUGUUUACGUUGCGAGAUGAAAACAGCAGAAAAGAAAACAUAUAUAGAAAUCAGUUAAAUAAUCAGCCGCAGCAAGCAAGCAAGCAAGCAACCCGCCCGCCCCAUGUGUCAGAGACCUUAGUGGAACGAUUAGUACGUACUUGGAGAAGGUAGUGAGUCCAAACAUUCACACGAAAACAAAUCAAAAUAAUUAUAAUGCGGCUGCCGUGCGCCGAACGGUUCGAUUCCUAGGAACAUUACAUUGCGUGGGAAAGCAAACAAGUCCUUUUCCCAUCCUCCCCUUCUUCUUCUAGACAGAACAAAUAAAUGCAAAUGAAAACAAAAUAA